UUUCAAAUUUAAAUUUUAUUUGAAUGUGUAGCAUCUGUAUUGGUUAUGUAGUUUAAUUAUUCACAUUUAUUCACUAAAUUGUUUUAAAUGAGUAAUAUUAUGAUUUUUAAUUUAAAAUUUGACAAAAAGGGUUAAAUUGAUGAUAAUAAGAGAUGUAUUCACAGGAUUCAUUCCUAAGGGUUUUGAGGCGCAGGAAGAAGCAAUUUUCUCUAGAUUCAUGCCCAUAUAUCUCAGAUUCCUCUAUCAGAAAUUAUAGUAUGAAUAAUAUUCUCUCGAUUUCAGGCCCCUCGAGAUCAGGCAAAUCUCUUCUAAUUUCGCACAUAAUCUCGGAUUUACUCACUACGGAGGGUCUUCUGGGUAAAAUAGUACUCAUAGUUACUGACAACACAUUCGAUUUUGAGAUACUAACCAAUAAAAUUGAAAACAUAGUUAACAUUGAGGAAAAGAAAACGGCCGAAUCAUAUUUAUCAAACUUUUUAUACUUACCUGUGAAGAACCUAUAUGAAUUUAACUUGGUGUUACGAUCAUUGCACUAUUCUCUGAAUUUUGGAGAGUUGAAAAUACACUCAUUGGUUAUAGACUCGAUACUCGCGUUACAUAACUGGAUUGAUAAUUUUACCCCUAACCAACUGGGUUUUAGAAAAUCCGACCUUCAUUUUAAGAAAAUCAUAAGACUGUGUAAAAUCCAUGCAAUAUUUCUAAUAUAUACAGACUCGUUAAAUUCUGAACAAAAAAAUAAAAUCUUCUACGCAAAAAUUAUAGAUGACUACGACAAUUGUCUUAAGCUGACUGACAAGAAAGAAAUCUCCACACCGGAAUCAAAAACCCCUACUGAAACACGAGACGAUUUUGAUUUAUCAGAUCAAAAUGUAUAUAACGAUCUCAUAAUUUCACUAGGCGCCACUGAUUCAGACGAUUAUAAUCUUGGAUACUCUUCAUCACCGAAGUCCCUUGACUAUAAUUUACCCUCUGACUAUGAUAGAUAUAACGAUCUUGAAAUAGUUGAAGGAAAUAUCAAGGAAGAUUUAGCAAUAUUUGACAUUGAUGAUCGUGGACUUGCUAUUAAAUGUAUAAUACCUGAGAGUUGGAUUGGAGAGUCUGAUGAAGAACAUAUGAAGGAUAUGGUAUCGUUGGUAAUGACCACGUCAAGGAAUCUUGGAAAAAAUUAUAUAUCUAUUAUUUCCAAGGAUUAUAGGAAUGAAUCUACUUUUAACGACAAAGAUGAAGAGAAUAAGAUCAAGCAAGUUACUCGAAUUACAAGCUUCAUUUUCAGAGAAGUCAUACAAUCUGUCAAAUUUACACCACAUCUGAGUAUUCAAAACGGGGGAUACAAAUCAAAUCCUAAUCCUAACGGCUCCAAUAAAGGUAUCAGCGACUGUCCUGACACGUCUCAAUCUAAAGUGGAAAGUGAUGAAAAUGUUGAAAUCUUACAUAAAUUAGAAAUAGUUCCAUAUAAUAUAAAUGAAAAGAAUUUAAAAGAGAAGCCGAUAAGAGAUUUUGGGGUUGAUUUAGGUACUAAAAUAAUAAAUGACCACAAUUUAAAGGUUUAUAGAAUUGAUUCAAGAAUUAAAUUAACAGAAUGUAGUUACAAAUUAUUAAACGUGUAAAAAUUAGUAAUAUUAUCAAAUGUUAAAGACAAUGAUAAGAUGGAAGAGAGUGAAUAAUAAAUGUGUAGCAUAAAUAAUAUAAUAUAGGUUUAAAAAUCUACGUCAGUA